AUGAAGCUUGUCGCCGGAAUCAUCGCUGCCGCCUCCGCCUCUCAGGAGCUCUUCCAAGAAUGGAAAGAGGAGCAUGAGGUCGAAUACGCUUCUCAGGUUGAGGAGGUUUCCCGAUACAACGUCUGGAUGAAGAACAAGGCUUUCGUCGACGAGCACAUGGCUGCGUACGAAGCCGGUGAGAAGACCUUCACCGUCGGCAUGAACAAAUUCGCCGAUCUCACCAGCGAGGAAUUCGCCGAGCUCUACCUCGCCAAGGUCCAGGAUCUCUCUGGCCCACACCCACCAAUGUGCACCGAUUCCAGUGUCGCCGCAAACUCGACGAUGCCAGCUAGCGCUGACUGGCGAACUGCCAACCCACCAGUUGUCACUCCCGUCAAGGACCAAGGACAGUGCGGCUCAUGCUGGGCUUUCUCAACCAUCGCUUCCCUUGAGUCCCAGUGGGCUCUUGCCGGAAACGCCCUUACCUCUCUCUCCGAGCAGCAGCUCGUUGAUUGCUCGAUGAACUGGGGUAACUACGGAUGCUCGGGUGGUCUUAUGACCCAGGGAUUCACAUACAUUCACGACAACAAAGGCGUCGACACUGAGGCCUCAUACCCAUACACCGCCGAGGACGGUAAAUGCGUUUUCAACCCCGCUAACGUUGGAACCAGCCUUUCAUCCUGCUACAACAUCGCCUCUGGUGAUGAGGGCGCUCUCGCCAACGCUGUUCAGAUGAUCGGCCCUAUCUCCGUUGCUAUUGACGCUUCGCACAUGAGCUUCCAGCUUUACACUUCCGGAGUUUACUACGAGCCCAACUGCUCCAGCCAGUUCCUUGACCACGGUGUCACUGCUGUCGGAUACGGAACCUCCAAUGGCGAUGACUUUUUAUCGUCAAGAACAGCUGGUCUGCCACCUGGGAACAACAACUGUGGUAUCGCCACCUCCGCUUCCUACCCCCAGCUUUAA